CUAUGGUGAUAUCUCUUUAAAGCAGAUGCUAGUGUAUUAACAGCUGGAGGAUGAAACAUAGUAAAGCAUCGCGAAGACACAAAGCUGCUGACGAUCUUGUGCUGUUCAUCAUUUCAACAUCAGAACCAUUCUUGGGGAAAAAAACAUCAUGGGACGAAAGAAAAUACAGAUCUCACGGAUUCUUGACCAACGAAACCGUCAGGUGACGUUCACCAAGCGCAAGUUUGGCCUGAUGAAAAAGGCCUACGAGCUGAGUGUGCUGUGUGACUGUGAAAUUGCUCUCAUCAUCUUCAAUAGCACCAAUCGUCUCUUCCAGUACGCCAGCACUGACAUGGAUAAAGUGCUCCUCAAAUACACCGAGUACAGCGAGCCUCACGAGAGCCGUACAAACAAUGACAUACUAGAGACCUUACGUAGGAAAGGGCUGGGCCUGGACGCCACUGAGCUUGAUCAAGAAGACAGCAUGCAGACAGGCCAAGAGAAAUAUCUGCUGAAUGAUGGCAUGGAUCUGUCCAUCUCCAGACAACGCUAUUAUGCUCCGUCUAUCCUUCCUUCAGAAGCUCAGAUGCUAAUGGGUGUUGGCUGUGAGAACGGUUACCCAUCGAACACGAAUCUGGGAGCAAACCGAGCUUCAUCCUUCAAACCUCUGAGCUCCAGGCCUGGUUCUGUCGGUCCUGCUGGAGCCAACACACCUUCUGCUCUCAUGGGAACACAUUCAGGCUUUGGCUACUCGAUGUUUUCCCAUGGCAACCUGAGCCGAGCACUGGAUAUGAAGACUCCUCCUCCACUGAGUUUGACCAACGAUGGGCGGCGUGUGGAGGUCCACCCGGGAGUGGGUGUAGCCCGCAGCAAUCUGACCAACGCAAGAGCAUUGUACCAAAGCAUGCACUCUGGAGGCCACAUGAGUCCAAUGGGGAAGCCUUGGAAUUAUGGGACUUCAGAGUUUUGCCACCCAGGAUAUGCAGUGGGUUUUCAACGCAGUUCUGCAAACACCUGGCAGCCGCCCACACAGCACGAACCACAGCCGUCUGUGAUUAACACAGGGAUGUCUACAGGUGGAAGCUGCUCUUACUCUUCCCAAGGCUCUUCCCCGUCAUCCCCACCACUGUCCUCCCUUAACCGCCACAUCAAAUCAGAGCGUGCAUCUCCUGAACACACGCUCUCCCCAGUCACACCUUCUUCCCAUCAUUCACCAGCAGGUGGUCCUGAGAGGAUGAGCCAGCCGCAGCCAGGGUCGUACAUGGCCAUGGACAGGGAGGAGAGUGGCCUGACAUUGAAGCACAUGGAAGGCGAUGAUGGCUGGCAGAGAUAAUGGCACUGUGCACACAGCUGGCCUUGUAUUAGUUGUAAUGCACGCCCAGCUUUGAUAAUCAAAAUACAUCUAUAAUACAUUGUUAAUGCAACAGUGUUUCCAGUUUCCUUUCAGAAAUGCAACUUGAGACUGAUUAACACAUUGUAUUUUGAUAUGAAAAUGGCCUUGAUUCAUAACAGGGUUAUGAACAGUUGCGUCAUAAGAGAGUCCAAAAAUAGUGCAGAAUUUUGUCCUUCUUACAUUAAAUGCUCCAGUAGUUACAAUGCUGUAUUUUUUGUUUGUUUGUUUUUUCAUUCAUUUUUGGUUUAAAAUAAUUUGAAACUCACAUCUUCCUAAAGCUGCUCUUGUCAAAUAAUUAAAAAAUGAAGGAAAAAAAACUCUCAGGGACUCCUGAAAACAUUUUUUUAUCAAUUUGUACUGCAGCUUGAGGACUGCAGCAUGUCAUAUGACUUUAUUAUUAUUAUUAUUUUUUUUUUUUGGUUGGUUGGUUGGUUUUUUCCUCUCUUUUAUUGGAUGGUCAAGAAAAUUUUAAAAUUAGUUGAAAUAUGACACUGAUAACAUAUCAGCAUCUACACAGCUUUAUGAUAUGCAAGUCACAAAGAUAUUUUCUUAUGUUUUUUUUUAUGGCACUGUACAUAUAUUUAGCAAAAAUGAAUAUAAAUGGACUGAAUUUCAAUAUCCAACCGGUUUAUAACUGUGCAUUGUCUAAGGCUAGUUUCUUUUCUUUUAUGAUAAAAUUCUGUUUAAAAAAAUUUACUUUAUAUAAUAAUAGAAGUAUUUUUAUUUUUUUCCCCUCCUUCUUGCUCACCUUUUUAUGGAUUUUCAGUAAGUUUGUUUCAGUCUAUGAAGAUUUAGGACCAGAUUUUUAUUACUGUUCAGGCUGUUCACUGUAUUUACCACAAGAGGGCAGCAGAUAUCAGCUACUGACGUUUUAGUUCACGUCCUUGUGUUUUUUGUUUCCAUUAAACCUUUGUUUCUGCG